UUACCAACCUAAAGGAUUGUGUUGACGUAUCGCCGCGCGACGCAAAAUUUACCCAGAUUUUAACUUUUUUGGCUGGGCGCGAUCAUGACAAACUUCUUUAACGUUUUGUAAUCAAACACAAAACGAAAACAUUGCAAUGUUCGCUAUUUAUGUUCGUCGGAUCAGUGGCUGAGAGGCUUUCGAACGUGGCCAAUUCACAAGAAAUGGACAUAAGACCCAUUUUUGGGGGAUACCCUUUUCAAGGACAAGGUCGUGUAAAUCAAUUGGGUGGUGUGUUUAUAAAUGGUCGUCCGUUACCGAAUCAUAUUCGUUUGAAAAUUGUCGAAAUGGCUGCAGCCGGUGUACGUCCUUGUGUGAUAUCGCGACAGCUGAGGGUGUCGCAUGGAUGCGUCUCGAAGAUAUUGAACCGGUAUCAAGAAACUGGAAGCAUCAGACCGGGAGUGAUUGGAGGUUCCAAACCUCGAGUUGCUACUCCAGAAGUUGAGGCACUCAUUGAACAAAUGAAACGACAAAAUCCCGGUAUAUUCUCUUGGGAAAUACGAGAAAAACUAAUUAAGGAGGGAGUCGGUGAUCCCCCAAGUGUUUCAUCGAUAAGUCGACUAUUGAGAGGUGGUAGUCGGAAAGACGAUCCAGAAGGAAAAAAGGACUACACCAUAGAUGGCAUCCUUGGUGGUCGUGAGGAUGAGAGCGAUACCGAAUCAGAACCUGGGAUUCCGCUAAAAAGAAAACAGCGUCGAUCUCGAACCACGUUCACUGGAGAACAGCUUGAAGCACUUGAAAGAGCAUUCAGCAGAACUCAGUACCCAGAUGUUUAUACGCGUGAAGAACUAGCACAACAAACUGGAUUAACAGAAGCCAGAAUCCAGGUUUGGUUUUCGAACAGAAGGGCUCGUCUUCGCAAACACACGAGUAGCGGAGGUGGUGCAGCUCUCAAUUUUCCUUCGAUAUCGUUUGGCAAUGUCGCAUGUCAGUACACGACCUCGGACGGUAUCCAACACGAUUGGAGAAACUCGCAAUUUGCCAAUUACAAUAACAUGUUGCAACAGGCGUCAUUCGGUAGCGGUGGUCACCAUCAUUCUUCGGACAUUAGCAAGACUGAUUAUUCGGCUAUUUUCGAUGCUAACUACGCCAUGGCGCAGGCGCAGGUUCACGCAGCUCAUGCGGCCCAGGUCCAAGCGUCUCAAAGUGGCCACGCGCAUCCGGUCAAUUUGCAUACUGUAAACGUUAAAGCGGGUAGUGACGAUAACAAGGGUGGUGCGCACGCCGAUACCGUUCAGCAACAUUCCGCGGGUGCGACGCCAGCUUGGAACAAAAAUGGCGACUGGAAUCAUCUCCCUAUGAACUUGCAAGUCGAAAAUUUGGCCGCGUAUGGUACAAACGAAAUGUUCGGGCAGGCGCAGUACAAUAGCAGUGCUUCUAAAAACUAUUGGAUGUAACGCUUGUUUAAGGAACUCAUUGUGGUAUUUUUUUUUUGUGAUGCAAUAAAGGUAAAAAGUU